CAUCCGAUACUUUCGGCUCUAAUCAUGCGCUUCACCUCCCUCGCCAUUGCCUUCUUCGCCUGCGCCCUAGUGGUGUCUGGCAAUGUGCUUCGUGAGAAGAGACAAUGCGGAUGUGCUCAACCCCAGCAGAGCCAAUGCUCGUGCCAACAGGUUCAACAGACUCAAUCGUGCUCGUGCCAAUCUGCUCCAGUUCAGCAACAAUCCCCAUCAUGCUCUUGCGCUCAACCACAACAAACCCAGAAUGUUCAGGUCCAAACCACUCAAUGUGCUCCAGCUUGCCAACAGAGCUGCACCCAACAAUGCCAGGCUGCACCAUCGGUAGCCCAGUGCCAGCCACAAUGCCAACAGCAGUGCCAAUCCCAGUGCGCUCCAAUGUACAAUCCACCAGCCACCACCACACCAGCUCCAGUCGUCCAAUGCCAGCCAAUGUGCCAACAGCAGUGCCAAUCCACCUGUGUUCAGCAACAACAACCAGCUUCCCAAUGCCAGCCACAAUGCCAGCAACAGUGCAACGUUGCCUGCGAUGCUCCAGCCACAUCCACUCAGGCACCACAAGUAGUCCACAUCCAACUCGAGAUCCAACAGGCUCAAGCUCAAUGCCAACCACAGUGCCAGCAACAGUGUCAAUCAUCCUGCACCCAACAACAACAGCCAGCUAACCAGUGCAAUUCGGCUUGUAACAGCCAGUGCUCCAACAUUUGCCAACAAACUGCUCAAGCCACUCAACAGGUCUACAACCAGAACUCUAACACCAACACCCAAAUGUACAAUCCAUACAACAACAACAACCAAGGUUCCGGAUCCGCCAACUGCGCCCCAGCCUGCCAGCCAGCCUGUGACAACUCCUGCACUUCUCAGACUCCAGCUCCAAUGUACAACCCAUACGAUGCCAGCACAUCCGCCCCAGCAUCUUCCCAAGCUGUGAUCCAAAUCGUUCUCCAAUCCUCCGUCGCCCAGUCCUCCCAGUGUACUCCACAAUGCGAGCAGUCGUGCCAGCAGCAAUGCGUUCAGCAACAACAACCAGCCGCUCAGUGCCAGUCUGCCUGCCAGGACUCGUGCUCCAGCUCCUGCCAAGCCGCUCAGCCAGCGACUACGGCUUGCCAGCAGAGCCCACAAAGCCCACAAAACUCGUGCUCCUGCCAAGCUAACUACUCUCCAUGCGGAAAUGGACAGUGCUGUAGAAGAAAGUGAACGGACUCUGAACAAUGACUUCAAGUUUUUGUAUAUAAUGAAACCAAUUAGUUUCACAAGAACUUAAUAAACAACUUUGAUAUUUU